UUUUGGAACGCGCGUCGCGUCGAUAAGUCGUGAUUUGUUCGGUGGAUCUGCAGAGGUUUGGGUCUCGUUAUCGUUAAUGAGUGGCAUUAUUUCUGUUUGGGAAGGUCUCUGCCAAUUUAAAUUUUUAGUGAACUAAGUGUACAAUUAUAAAAAAGCAAAUGUUGACUUCCUCUACUCGCACAUUCAAGGAACGGCAACCCAAAUACCCAACAAAUACUUGAUCGGAUAUAGUAAAGUCAAUUCUAGCAACUUGACGAACUGAAGCAUUCCGAAUGCCGCAAGUUGAUAACAACCGGAUAGAAAGCAUGGCAAUUGAAACAAACUGUUGAUAUUACAUAACACAGUAAAUGCAUGUCUCGACAAAUUACGCAAACCUUCUAUUAAACUAAACCUGCAUCAGAUUAUACUAUAAAGAACAUCCAAGGAAUCACAACGAGUCUGUUGAAAACAUCUCCGAUUUUAAAACGAUGACAAAACUUCAAGUAAUUGUUCACCCCGUCAGGAAGGAGUUUCGACGAAAACGUUGCGGAUUCGAUCACGAUACACCCGAUGACUUUGUCAAGUCGCAGUGGCAAACCUGUACAAAAAGCAUGACAUAUUUGAUUUAUCGCUGGUUUAUGGCUCUCUUCUUUAUUGGCGUCGUCAUCGAAUCCAUGUGGCCCCAGGCCGACGAUGAAUCCAGCUACUGGCUGUACUUCAUCUAUAUGACCAAUUGGGGUAUAUGGAUGUGCAUGCUGACCAAUUUACUAGGGGCUAUAUUAGUUAGCAUUUGGCACCAUCAUCCAGAAUAUGCGGAUAAACUGUUAAAUAUGCAGGCCUGGACGAGUCCUUUUCGCAUUUACUGGAGCAUGCACAUUAUAACGCUCGUACUGUCGGUAGUUAUUACCAUUAUCUACUGGAGCAUACUUUACGAUGCCAAUGAAAGCGCAUUGGAUGCAACAAAUGUGCUCACCCAUGGCUUCAACUCGAUUUGCAUGUUUAUUGACCUAUGGAUUGUGGCACAUCCAUUGCGAUUACUCCAUGUAUUUCUGCCAGUAUUAUUUGGUAUUAUCUAUGCCAUUUUUUCAUACAUCUACCAGAUGUGCGGUGGCAUGAAUAAGAAAGGAAAGCCAUAUAUCUAUCACGUGAUUGACUGGAGUCAGCCGAGGAAUGCAUUUAUUACAGUUCUAGGUGUCCUGGUUCUCUCCUGUUGCGUCUAUGCACUCCUAUUUGCCUUCUUCAAGCUGCGCCUCUUCCUCUCGCGCAGUUGUCGACAGGGAAGCUUUGUGCUGCCGACGACGGCCAGCAAAAAGUCUGGCAAGGCUGUCGAUGACAAGCAGACAACACCGAAUGGUAUUCAGCAUUCGUCUUCUAGAAUAUCCAUGGUUCUGGGCAACUAUGCUGGCUAUGAGAAUCAAGCAUACUCUCCGACCAGUGGAGAGUUGGCGCCAAAGAGUUAAGAUAUUAAGCAAAAUAUCGGGAUAAUAAUUUUUUAGGUGUAUAUUUCACCAAAAUCUUACUGUGGUCUAGACUUUAUUGCGACUUUAGUCAAUCUGUACAGUAGAAUUUCGAGCCAGUGAUAUUAUAUUAUAUUGUAGUUAAUCUUAGGCAAAUAAAUGUAGCUUUGUCAAGGACGUUUUUUUCAAUAUUCUACAGAUGUUUACUUGUACUAUUGUUGAUAUUUAUUUUCCAAUUGAAAAACCCAAAUAAAAAUUAGGAAUUCCAUAAAUUAAUCAAAACUAGUUGACAGAACCCAACCGAACAAUUUCGAUUGGACAGAGAAUGAAUUUUCACCCCUUUUCGUGGGAACUUUACAGUUGAUAAUCAAAAAUUAAUGUGCAGUGACAUUUUGUGGAAAGGUUAAACACUGGAAUAUAAAAGUUUGCAUGCACCCAGAAAA